AUUUAUGUCUGCACAUGCGCUGUGAGGUCAUCGCGCGGCCCGGAAGUGGAACGCUAGUGCUUUCAUUAACUGACUAGCACGUACGGUUAUUGUUGAAGAUUAUGGCUCAAAUGAGGAAUUUUCCAAGGAGGAGGGAAGGGCCUCUUCCACCUCGACCGCCACCCGCCUGGGACGAGCACCAGGCCUAUGAGGAGCUGCUGUACUGGGAUAAUCUUAUUCAGGAGGGUGUCCGCCUUCACCCUCAGGACUUCGUACGAUAUGAAGAGCUGCGUUAUUGGUAUGACUGCUUGUGUUAUGAGGAAGACCUCAGGCAGUACAAUGAUUACAUAGUUGAGUACAGAAAGUGGGAAGAAGAGCAUUUGCGCCCAGGAGAGCAUCACCCAAUGAAGCCACCACCCCAGCGCACUUUUUUGAAUGAGGAUCGCUACAUCAGGGCCAAGCAUUCAACUGUGUAUCCAUCAGCAGAGCAGCUGGAUGCGGUGCAGAACGUGGUGUCUCACAUGGAGCGUGGCCUGAAGGCUGUCUCUGAUUGGCUGAAGGAAAAAGAGAGCGAUGCUGCUGGUACUACUGCUACUGCAAGUGAUUCGGCUCAGAGUAAACUACGUGGGGUUUUGAGAGUGGGCCUGGUGGCAAAAGGACUCCUGCUGAAAGAUGAUAUGGAUCUAGAGUUGGUCCUUCUCUCUAGAGACAUGCCCACCAGUUCUCUGCUCAGGUUGAUCUCUGGAAAACUCUCGGAGUUCAUAAAGGAUGUUACUGAAGACAAAUACGUCAUCAACCCAUCUAUCCAGAAAGCUGCUAUUAUUGUUACGAGCACAAAGGAGCCUCUUCUGAAACUGACCAUCCAUCUGACAUCGCCCGUGGUCAGGGAGCAGGUUGAAAAAGAGGCAGCUGGAGAACCGUGCGCGGAAAGCUCUCUCCAGGACGCUCUGGACAGGCAGAAAUGCCUGGCUGCUCUGGCGUCUCUCCGCCAGGCCAAGUGGUUCCAGGCUAAAGUUUCUGAACUUGAGUCGUGUGUUAUCGUGAUUCGGAUCUUGCGGGACUUGUGUAACCGUGUUUCAUCCUGGGCCCCCCUCAAAGGCUGGGUUCUUGAGCUGCUGUGUCAAAAAGCCAUUUCUACCAGCGAAAGGCUGUUGGGACCUGGAGAGGCAUUCCGGAGAGUUUUAGAGUGUCUUGCAUCAGGAAUACUAAUGGAAGAUGGUCCAGGUAUUUCUGAUCCCUGUGAGCGAGAGAGCACCGAUGCUGCCGCCCAUCUUACCCAGCAACAGCGAGAAGACAUUACCCAGAGUGCACAGUUUGCCUUAAGACUGUCAGCAUUUGGGCAGCUUUACAAAGUGCUUGGAAUGGACCGCCUCACUUCCAAAGCCGCUAGAAUGCUCGGUGAGAAAAUCCCAGUGCCUGAUGCCCCAGUAAAGAGACCAAGGGAAGCUUAUGAAGCAGGAGAUCCUGAUAUGAGGCCGAAGUUUCCAAGAAAAGAAAAGACAGAGCCAGCAAACGCCCUUAUGAAGUUGAACCAGCUGCGACCUGGGACCCUCUACAGGCUGUCAUCACAGACUGGGCCUGAACAUGAACCUCAAUUCACCAUGGCUGUCCAGGUGGACGGGAUAACGUAUGAGGCUACAGGCCCCUCCAAACGCAGCGCCAAGCUUCAUGUAGCCCAGAAAAUUCUGCUGGCCCUGGGUGUUCCUAUGUCAGAGAUCAAGACUACUGAUGAAAAUAAGAACCAGGCUGCAGGUGUAGCUGCGGCCCCAAUUGUGAAGACAGCUUCAGCAGAUGAAGCCACACCCACUGGAUCUGAAGAUGGUGCUGAGGGUGGGCCUAUCCUUACCAAACAUGGCAAAAAUCCUGUCAUGGAGCUCAACGAGAAGCGCCGAAGCCUGAAAUAUGAGCUUGUUUCCGUCAAGGGACGCUUCAACGACAAGACCUUCACUAUUGAGGUAGAGGUUGAUGGACAGAAAUUCCAAGGCUCUGGAUCGAAUAAGAAAUUAGCCAAAGCCAAUGCAGCACUUGCAGCUUUAGAACAACUCUUUCCAGAGGGUUCUCCUGCAGACCCACUCAAGAAAAAACGAUUUCCUCCCAUGGGUUAUGGCAUGGGCGGUGUGUACAAUGCGGGCAGCCGUGGUAGAGGUAGAGGCCGUGGUAGAGGUAGAGGAUUCAGCAACGCUGGCUCAAUGUUUGCAGGGUCCACCAAUAGUGCUAGAGUCGCCCCAACCUCAUCUGUUACCACCUCCAGCACACCUAUGAACACCCAGCAGGACCUGUCGGCAGCCUCGAGCGCAAAUGCAGCCGCCUACCAGGCUGUCCCUCCUCCUAUGACCAGCUAUUAUAAUCAGUUCAGCCAAUCCUAUUCACAAUUCAAGAAACCCAAUAAUGUGGGCCAGAACCAAAAUCAGAACCUGAACAAAAACUCCAGUCAAGCUCCUCUUGUAGGACCAGACUAUGGCUAUGGAUAUCAAGGUGCUGGCAUGGGUAUGGGGCCACCUGGUGUAACCGGACCACCCGGUGUGGGACCGACCGAUUUCAAUUAUGCCGCAUACAGUGGACCACCUGGUACAGCAAAUUUUGGACCACCUGGUACCACACCCCAGAGCUAUGGCUUUACCCAGAGUGCCUACCCCAACCUGGGUGGCUACAGCAGUGGAGCCAAUAACACAGAGUACACCUACAGAUAAAUAUACCAUGUUUGGUCUCCAAAAAUCAUUUCUGUAAUUCUGCAUUCACUCUCUAAAGCUUUUGAGAUUUUAUACUGUGUUUAUUUUUGACAUUUGAACUGAGCCUCAUUUCAGCGAGUUAGCGUGGUUUUGAUUCACCUUUAGUUUCAGGAAAUAAAACAUCAGGAUGGUGGAUGUUGCUUUCUGUCUGUUCCUAAAUGGUUGGUGUGAGUCAAGUGGAAGUUUUUAAUGUUGACGCAUAAUUCUGUUUUUUCCCCCACAAGAUGUAUUUAUGACCAUCCUCAUUUUUUUCCGCUUAUCAUAUUUUAGCAGAAUAGUUUUUUUUGUUUUUUUUACUGAAUGUGGACAAUAGAUUGAAUACAAAGUUUGUUGUUUACUCAACUGAAACCACUUAACUAUUUCUGAGUUUUAAGAGGUUUGCGUUACUUGAUGUUUAAUCUCAGUACGGUCAUUUAUGUAGAAUGUAGCUAUUCACUGUUCAAUAGGCAAAGUACAGAAUGUUUAUGUUUCUGGAUCAGGUGGAUGUUGUAUGUCAUAACUUUGACCAGUGCAGAAAUAAACUUUUCUUUUUAA